CGUAUCAGUCUGCUCGGAUCAGUCUGUUCUGCCCAACUCCGCUCUUCCUUCUCGUUCAUGGAUCUCCUCUGCCCUAAUUCGCCCUACGUUUGGGAUGGAAAUGGAUUUUCUUCCUGCUUUGAGAAUUUAGUUUUAGGUUUUGGAGCUAAUUUAAUCGGUAUAUCUGCGGUUGUUGCCCUUGCAUGGGCUAAGAGGAAUGCUGGAAGAGCUAAGCCAUUUAUAAUGAAUUGGAAGCUCAGAGUUUUGGAGAAAGUGUGCUUGAACAUGGUUCCUGCUGUUGGAGGCUGUCUUUGCCUCUGUAAUAUUUGUUUGCUCAUUGAGGGCAGCUUUAAGGGUCACAGAGCUGAGUAUCAUGAGUGGCUUUAUAAAGUUUCUCAAUUAUUUUCAUGGGUGGUUAUUGUGCUUGUUUCAAAAUUUGAAAAUUGGUACGUCACUCUUUGUAAUCUUUUCUUGUGCUUUUGGUGGAUUGCAAAACCUCUACUCCAGAUACCCCAUUUGCAUACUGUGUUUUCUUCCUCGAAGGUCAUAACUCAUCUUAUGGAGGUUUUAUCUGUUGCUGCUGAAAUCUUAUUUGGUAUUUUUAUUGCCAUGCUUAAAGCAAUGCAGUCAUCAAAUGUUAUGAGGAGUUUGAAUUCUGUUGAGGAUCCACUUAUCUCCAGCAAUUCUGAAAGUAAAGAUUCAACAGGAGGUUUGGAACGGAAAAUCUGUAACUUUUGGGAAACCUUGACUUUUAAGUUUGUCAACUCAAUGAUGGAUCUUGGUGUGCAAAAGCAGCUUGACUUUGAAGAUUUAAUUCAGUUACCUUCAGAACUUGUGCCUUCUUGUCAUAAUUCCUUAUUAAGGUUUUGGAUGGCUGUAAAAUGUAUGCCUAACACUGAUCGAUCUUUGUUAAGAGCCAUGUUUCAUGCGUAUGGUUGGCCUUACUUGAGGCUAGGAAUGCUUAAGAUAGUAAAUGAUGGAGUUGGUUUUCUCAGCCCGCUUCUUCUUAAUAAGCUCAUCCAGUUCCUUCAGAAAGGUUCUGAUCCAAUACAUGGAUAUAUCCUUGCUCUUUCGGGUCUCACAUCCAUUUUCAAGUCAUUUCUUGAAACACAGUAUAGUUUUCAUCUUGCUAAGCUGAGAUUAAAGUUAAGAUCAAGUAUAAUGACCAUGGUUUACCACGAGUGUUUACAUGUAAGUCUUGCUGAACGCUCCAAGUUCUCUGAGGGAGAAAUUCAAACUUUCAUGUCAAUAGAUGUAGGUCAGACUGUCAACAUCUGCAACAGCUUUCAUGAUGCAUGGAGUUUGCCAUUACAGAUUGGUGUGGCAUUGUACCUUUUAUAUACACAAGUCGGUUAUGCAUUUAUUUCUGGCCUUGCAAUAACCAUCUUGCUCAUACCAGUAAACAAGUGGAUUUCGACGAUGAUUGCACAUGCAACUGCAAAAAUGCUGAAAGAGAAGGACGAGAGAAUUAGAGGAGCUGGUGAACUUUUGAUGUCCAUUCGGAUUCUGAAGAUGUAUUGCUGGGAAUACAUAUUCACAGAGCGGCUGAUGAAGAGGAGAUUACUGGAAGUGCAACACCUCGCUACUCGGAAAUAUUUGGACGCAUGGUGUGUAUUCUUCUGGGCAACGACUCCAACGCUUUUCUCACUUUCUACAUUUGGUGUCUUCACAUUGAUGGGCCAAUCUCUGGAUGCUGCUAUGGUGUUUACAUGUGUUGCACUUUUUAACACCUUAAUCUCUCCAUUGAAUUCUUUUCCAUGGGUGAUUAACGGGCUGAUUGAUGCUGUAAUUUCUUCCAGGCGAUUGAGUAAAUUCUUGUCUUGUCCUGAGCAUUCUGCUGAUUUUGGACAAUUUUGUGACGCCCAGCAUUCUCUUGAUUGUAAUACCAAUGUCGUCCUAUUUCAAGAUUCAAGCUUUGUCUGGUCAUGUUCUGAUGAAAAAGAGGAACCGAGCCCUGUAAUACGGAGUAUUACAUUAAACCUUCCGAAGGGUCUUCUUAUUGCAGUAAUUGGAGAGGUUGGCUCAGGUAAAUCAUCCUUGUUAAGUUCCAUUCUGGGAGAAAUGAGACUUAUCCAUGGGUGCAUACAUACCUAUGGAUCCAUAGCAUAUGUGCCACAGGUACCGUGGAUACAGUCAGGUUCAGUUCGUGAUAAUAUUUUAUUUGGAGAGGAAAGAAUAAAUCCACGGUAUGAAGAAGUAUUGCAUGCAUGCGCACUUGAUGUCGACAUUUCACGUAUGGCUGGAGGUGAUUUGGCUUAUAUUGGAGAGAAAGGGCUCAAUUUAUCUGGUGGUCAGCGGGCCCGUCUUGCGCUGGCUAGAGCCAUAUAUCGCAACUCUGAUCUUUACUUGCUUGAUGAUGUAUUGAGUGCUGUUGAUUCACAUGUUGCUAACUGGGUUCUAAGCAAAGCUCUUUUGGGUCCAUUGACUUGCAAGAAGACACGUGUGCUCUGUACCCAUAAUGCUCAGGCAAUUGCUUCUGCAGAUUUAAUUGUUGUCAUGGACAAAGGAAAUGUAAGAUGGAGUGGGAGCUUCCAUGGAUUUCUAUCAUCCCCAUAUUCAACAAUAUCCAUGUCAGAAGACUCCAACGGUUCAUCUUUGCGGUUAUCUGGGGCAAACAGUACUGCAAGUGAUCUCAAUGAAAUAACAUCUUACAUAGAACAGGAAAGUGAUUACAUAGUUUCUAUGGAUCAAGCUCAGGAUACCGCCGAAUCAGAGUUUAGAAAAGAAGGCAGAGUUGAAUUUGAUGUAUACAAAACCUAUGGGGCAUUCGUUGGAUGGCCUCUCGUUCUUCUUAUUGCUUUAUCUGUGAUUUUUAUGCAAGUGUCUCGCAAUGGAAACGAUCUGUGGUUGUCUCACUGGGUUGAUGCCAGAGUUGGAACAGAUUAUACUGCCUUUUACCUGGUAAUACUCUGCAUUUUUAGUGCCGCCAAUUCCAUUUUAACCUUCGCAAGAGCUUUCUCAUUUGCGUAUGGUGGCCUAAGGGCUGCGAUUCGGGUGCAUCUCGAACUUCUAAGCAAAAUUGUAAAUGCACCCGUGCAGUUCUUCGAUCAAAAUUCAAGUGGAAGAAUACUUAAUAGGUUUUCAUCAGAUCUGUACAUGAUUGAUGAUUCCCUUCCGUUUAUUCUUAACAUUCUCUUAGCGAACCUCUUUAGUCUCUUGGGCAUUGCGUUAGUUUUGUCUUAUGCACAGAUUGUGGUCUUACUUCUCAUAUUUCCCUUUUGGUAUAUGUAUACUAAAAUACAGUUCUACUAUAGGUCUACAUCCCGAGAGUUGCGAAGGCUUGACAGUGUUUCUCGAUCACCCAUUUAUUCCUCGUUCACAGAAACGUUGGAUGGUUCAGCAACUAUAAGGGCAUUUAAGUUGGAGGAUUUUUUCAUGGCCAAAUUCACUAAGCAUGUGGCUUUAUACCAGAAAACAUCUUUCUCAGAGAUGACUGCUAGUUUGUGGCUUUCUUUGCGCCUCCAAUUGCUGGCAGCAUUUAUUAUUUCUUUCAUUGCUCUAAUGGCGGUGCUAGGCAGCAGCGGUGAUCUUCCCUUUAAACUGGGGACACCUGGACUGGUUGGGUUGGCGCUUUCUUAUGCUUCACCGAUCAUAUCCUUACUAAGUAGCUUCCUUACGAGCUUCACGGAGACGGAGAAGGAGAUGGUUUCUGUUGAGAGAGUUUUGCAGUACAUGAAUAUUCCUCAAGAAGAACAAUGUGGAUCAGUAUCUCCUCGCCCGGAUUGGCCAUCCCACGGGCAGAUUGAAUUUGAACAUGUAACACUAAGAUAUAAGCCCUCACUGCCAGCAGCUUUAAAUAAUCUAUCAUUUAAAAUCAAUGCCGGCUUUCAGGUCGGAGUUGUUGGAAGAACAGGAGCUGGUAAAUCAAGCAUACUAAAUGCCCUUUUUCGUCUUGCUCCCAUUUCAAAUGGGAGCAUUCUCAUAGACAACCUAAAUGUCGUUGAGGUCGCUGUGAGAAAACUUCGUCAAAGUUUUGCAGUAGUUCCGCAAAGCCCAUUCCUGUUUGAGGGAUCAUUAAGGGAUAACUUGGAUCCAUCGGGAAGGACAAGCGACGAAAAAAUGUUGGAAGUUCUUGAGAAAGUUCAUAUAAGAACUUUAAUUGAAUCUGUUGGGGGACUUAAUAUUCAUGUGAAAGAAAAAGCGUGUUCAUUUUCUGUGGGUCAGUGUCAGCUUAUAUGCCUUGCCCGUGCUCUUAUGAAAUCCUCCAAGAUACUUUGUUUGGAUGAAUGUACUGCUAAUAUUGACACACAAACAGCAAUCUUACUGCAAAAUACUAUCUCGAAUGAAUGUAAAGGCAUGACAGUGAUCACGAUAGCUCAUCGAAUUUCUGUGGUGUUAAACAUGGACUACAUUCUAGUUCUUGACAAUGGAUUCUUGGUUGAGCAAGGAAACCCCCGAGAUUUGCUAAAAGACACCUGCUCUAUAUUUUCAGGCUUUGCUCGUGCUGCUUCUUAUUCUGUCAGCACUAACAGCUGUGAUUAAAACGUUUGGAGUUAGUUGUAAAGUAAGAUACCUUUACAAAUGAGAAACUGUAGAGGUACCUAAACCUGCUGAAACCUUGCUUGUUUAAUCCUUAAUGAAGUCUCUCAAUGAAUUUAUGAAAUUUUAUGCAUUGAGAUGGAUGAUUGCGAAUAAUUAUUAGAUUAUUUUGUUGGGUGCAUUUCAUGAUUGAGAAGCUGCACUCUCAAGCAUUAUGUCGCAGGUAAGUGUGUUGAUUAUUGUAGUUUUAGCUCUCUUAUGGCAAUCACAGUAGUGGAUCUAUUUCAUGCUAAUUUUCAUCUUUUAGUA